AUGAAUAAGUUUGAAUUUCUGAGAGCUCAAUUCGCUCUAUCAUCACAUCCAACUUACAUCGACCUCAGCUUCGGAGAUAUAUUGAAGAUCUUGAGGAAAGAGGGUGAUGAUCUUUUUGUUCAAAAUCUACGGACUGGCUGUGAAGGCUUAGUUCCCCGCAAAUCUAAAGCGUUUUAUGUUGAUGUUAAGAGAGAUACAGUUAGUUACGUACAACCUGUGAUUUUGAUGGGCUCAUUUGCUGGAAUAAUGAUCAGUUUGUUAAUACAACGUGAACCGCAGUUAUUCAACUCGCCUAUACCUCAUACAACAAGAAUGCGGAAAAUUCAUGAAAAAGAUGGUUUUCAUUAUUGUUUUGUGAAGCGAACUACAAUGGAACAAAUGAUGAAUUGUGGCAUCUUCAUAGACUGCUACGAGAUUUCUGGGUACCUCUAUGGGAUAAGUGAAGCAUCCAUACGGACAGUAUCUCAGAAAGAAAAGAAACAUUGCUUGUUAGAUGAGAACACGGAGGUGCCGCGGCUUCUGCAUCGCAAAAUUCAUCCAAUUGUUAUUUACGUGAAUGCUCUCUCAUGGGAACAGCUAAGUCUGUUUGGGUAUUCUGAAACAGAUGCCAAGGCGAAAAUAGAAAGCUCUAAGGCACUUUUUGAGAAGAACAGGGCUUAUUUUCACGCUGUAGUGGAAGAGAGUUCAAGUGAGGAGAUGUAUCAUCGCUUGCUUCAUGUUAUAAGAAACUUGAGAGUCAACUGUUGGUUACCAAAAGUUGUGGAAAGAACUCGUCUUAUUUGA